ACAGAGAGAGAGAAAGGAGUUAGAGAACUUCUAAGCAUGGCAGGACAGUUUCAUAUCUGAAAGCGUCUCGCUCGGCCAUACACAGUCCAGCUCAUCGUCAACAAGGUCAGUCGUCCAGUUUCUGUUGGAGCCAUGGCUGACCCUAGCUGGUGGAAGCUGACCUUCUCGCGCAAGAAGAAAACCGAAGCCAAGGUGCUGUAUGAGAUCCCAGCUGAGUAUGGCAGCAACACUGGAAACAAGGGGCACUCAAGCAGCAAUCCUGCUCCGGACCCCAUUGACAGCCAGUUCAAUGCCAGGCUGGAGAAGAUUGUGGACAAAUCUGCUACCAAGGGCCGCCACGUCAAGGUCUCCCACUCUGGUCGCUUCAAGGAGAAGAAGAAGGUCCGUGCCACGCUGGCCGAGAACCCAAAUCUGUUCCCCGAGCACAACCUCAGUGACGAGAACCACAAGAAUAACAAACAGACUGAGAAAUAACACACACACAUGCACACACUCGCAUACACUCACAUAUUAAAAUGCAUGCUUGAACCCAGACGUGUCAUAUAUCAGUGUCUCACUCAUAAAGGCUUAGAAGAGGGCUACAAAAUAUACAAGCACAGCCAAACUGGCACUCAACCUGCAAACGCGCAAGGUGGAUAAACACCACACCCAGUUAGAUACAGUAACCACCACCUCUCCACCUACACAAACAGCUGCUAUCAGCAGACAACCAUAGAGACGCUGUCUACACAAGUGAGACAAAGCACUGGGGACUUUUUCCACCGCAGUUUUCAUGGGUUUUAUUCCAAAACAUUUAAAUUUACACUUGCUUCAUGCUCAUACUUAUGUCUCAUCCAAAAUGACUGGGGACAUUAUG